AUGGAAACUAAACCAAAAAGUGAACAUCUCUUAGAAUUAAAAGUAAUGAGAUUAACAAGACCUACUCUUGCAAGUCCAGUAGUUGUUACUUGUGAUUCAACAGAUCUUCCUGGUAAUACAUUAAAUUAUGAACUUAAAAAUGAUUGCACUGCUUUGCAAGGAAUGGAAACUCUUACAGUAGGACAGUUCAUGGUAUUACCUCAAAGUUUUGGAAAUAUUUAUCUAGGUGAAAUAUUUUCAAGUUACCUUUGUGUACAUAAUGGUAGUACCCAGUUAGUAAAAAAUGUUGCUGUUAAAGCAGAUUUACAAACAAGUACUCAAAUUAUUUCUCUUUGUGGUAGUAAUGGAGAAAUGGAAGAUUUAGCACUUGACAAUACAGUUGAUUUUGUUAUCCAUCAUGAAGUAAAAGAAAUAGGCACACACAUACUAGUAUGUGAAGUUACUUAUACUCCUACAAAUGUAGGUACCUCUCCACAAUCUUUCAGAAAAUAUUUUAAGUUUCAAGUGGUAAAACCAUUAGAUGUUAAAACAAAAUUUUACAAUGCAGAGUCAGAUGAAGUAUAUCUUGAAGCACAAAUACAGAAUCUCACAGCAGGUCCAAUAUGCUUAGAAAAAGUUUCACUCGAAUCAUCUCAUUUAUUUAGUGUAUCAACAUUAAAUACAAAUGAAAAAGGAGAAUCUAUUUAUGGAUCAGUUAAUAUAUUAGAUACUGAUUGUAGUAGACAAUAUUUAUAUUGUUUAAAACCGCAGGUGAGUUUAUUAAAACACCCGAAAAUGAUGCGCAAUGCAACAAAUAUUGGAAAAUUAGACAUUGUUUGGAGAAGCAACUUAGGAGAAAGGGGAAGAUUACAAACAAGUCAAUUAGAAAGGAUGGCACCUGAAUAUGGUGAUAUAAGAGUUACUAUGAAAAAUAUCCCUUCAACAGUUUACCUUGAACAAUCAGUUAAUUUUAAUUGCCAUAUAAUAAAUACAUCUGAAAGAAGUAUGGAUUUAAUGUUAAGUUUGGAAUCAAGUAGCUCUAUAGCAUGGUGUGGAAUAUCCAAUACAAUGAUAGGAACAUUGAAGCCUGGAGUUUCAAUAGAUAUUCCUUUAUGUUUGAUACCAUUACAUAAUGGCAUUAUUACUAUUUCCGGUUUGAAGUUGAUGGACACAUUUUUGAAAAGGGUAUAUGAUUAUGAUGAUUUAGCACAAAUAUUUGUUAGUCAAACAGACUAG